AAAGAAAAAUGCGUGUCACAUUUAAAAGUGUCCGUGCCGUCGUUCUUUGUAGUUCUCACAUACGGGUAAAUUACGGGAAGUAGCAUUUUAAAAACUCGAUAUCCGACAAUGCACUGCUCGAACGUGUUUAGUAUCCGGUAUUCAUUGUUAUUUAUUUAACCAGCGGAAAUGGGUGAAUGGUGCAAUAUGUUGCCGCAGGAAUGGUUUAAAUUUGUGAACCAGGAGGUAAAAGUGACCGCGCAGGAUCAACAGCAGUAUGAAGGCUUUGUGUUCACUGUGGAUCCGGUUUCUUCCAGCCUCGUCCUUGUGACCUUCGAGGAGAAAAGAAGCGCCUCCGUGAGGGUCGUCUUGGGUCACGCGGUGAGAGACGUGCAGCUUCUCAGGGCAGGAGAUGAAGAUACAGAGAGGAAGAUGAGGUCUCUCUUUAUACCUGCUGCCAGUCAGGACUUCAGCACCGAGGAGCUCGAGGAACGCAAGGAGGACCUGCGAGCAUGGCUGGAGAAGAACCUCGUUCCCGUUACGGAUGAGGGCGACGUCCUGCGCGUGGCCAACGUGCUCACCGUCAGCGCGCCGUACGGACCCGAGCAGUGCAGCAGCAGCAACGAGAUCAUUCUGGCCCGAGUGCAGAGUCUCGUGGAAAGCAAGCCGGGACGAGAGAACCAGCAGUGAGCGUUCGGCUCGUCACAUCGCGUCCUCUCUGUGAGAGUUCAUGAAGUUCUCUUUCUAUUGAGGGAGAUUUAGAAUCCACUGGACUUUGAUUAAAGCACUUGUGGCACUGACAGGAUGUUGAGCUUUUUUUUUUUUUCUUCUUUUACUUCUACGUACAUCCUUAAUGCCGAAGCACGCAUUGGGCCUUGUUUAUCAACCUGGAUACGAACAAAUCGUUCACAGGAGUGUUUAAGCAAGAAAUUUGGUUUUCAUGAAAAUAUAGUUAGAACAGAAAAACCUCAUUUUGUCGUUUCAUAUUCCCGACUUGAAAUAAAGCAAUCCAGAACAAAUCAGACUACCUGUUCACUCAGAACAAGUUAUCUCAUGACAAAUCAAAUUAUUUGUUCAAUAGUAUGAGGAAUAAUAGAAUUUAUUUUCCAUCCGAGUGUUCUGGGGAGCGUGAAGGCCGUAGCAUACCAUUUCUAUCACAUUUACAUCCUCAUCAAACCAUUCAGUGAUAUCUGUGAAUGGGGGCGGGGUCAGCCUGGAAGAGACCACGCCCAGCAGCUCCACGUUAAUAAAUCCUUUCCCAUCAGUUUCCGACCGGCGUCGGACCCAGUCCCUCCAGGAUUUCGUGAUUUUUUGCGUUCGCAGAAAUGAACGUGAAAUCAAGCAAACGGCGGAGGAGUAUUCGGAGGAGCUUUUUUUGCAAAAUCACCGCAGACUUUUCGCAGACCUGGGCUGAGACACGUCACGUGACGUCAUCGCGACACGUGUUUGGUCAAAGCCGUUUUCGAUUCACGUGUCUACGCACACGAGUAGAGGUCGUCUCAUUUACCGGCAAACGUCACUGCGAAUGAGCGUGCAAAACAAUGGCGUGCGAUUGCGAUUUCGCCAAUUCGAGUAGUUUUCCACAAGACAAAAAAAAGAAGCACAAACACGUACGUAAGUCCAUCCAUCCAUCUUCUACCGCUUACUCCUUCUUCAGGGUCACGGGGAAACCUGGAGCCAAUCCCAGGGAGGAUCGGGCACAAGGCGGGGUACACCCUGGACAGGGUGCCAGUCCAUCGCAGGGCACACUCACACACACACUCACACACUACGGACACUUUGGACACGCCCGUACGCAAGUCGCAUCGUAAAAAUUUUGAAGAAUAAAAAGGUGGAGCAAAAUCAAGCAUUUUUGGCCGCAACAAUAACAAAAUAACUCGCGAAUGCAAAAUCGUCUAGUGUAGAAGAUAAAUGUACAAAAGUGUGUGAAAGAUUUACGUGCUCAACAGUUUCACCAUCAAACCUCAUUCAAUUUCUCUCCUACACAGCCUCGGCCGCGGCGUCCCCCUCUCCUACACAGCCUCGGCCGCGGCGUCGUUCUCAGUGCUUUCGUUGCAUUCCUGUAAACAGUUGCGUUGGGAGAUGAUGUUUCUCAUCACUUUCUGAUGCACAGACCCACUGUAGCACCCGUCCCUAAACAUAACAUCAUCACAUACACACACUGGAUAAAGCAUCAAUCAGAACGUUACUGCACACACACACUACCGGUCAAAAGUUUGUGGACACCCGAGUGAAAUGUUUCUCACGGUCUUAAAGUACCUCUGAUCUGAAGGCGUGCGAUUAAACGUUUGAAAUCGGUGUCGUAGACAAAAAUAUAAUCGUGCCGACGUAUUCAUGUCUUUCAUUAGAAAACGAACAACGGACGACUCGGAGCGAAAUAUUCCGAAAAGCAGCCGAUACGAGUCCGGCGUCGGUGCGAACUCCUUUAAUACUGUUUAAAAAGCAUCUCGGGGAAAUCCCUCAAGAGAUCGCUCGAGAAAACGCCAAGAAUACAUUUCUGGAAAUCCUCGGCGAAAAGGGCGUCGACUUUGAAGACGCUAAAAUACUAAUUUAUUUAGAUUUAUUUUGGAUUUUUUUUUUUUUAUCACGACAUAAUUCCCAUCGUUCCCUUUGUGUUACUCCAGAGUUUUGAUGACUUUAUUAUUAUUAUUCUAAAAUGUGGAAGAAAAUAAAAAUAAAGAAUGAGUGUCUAAAGGUUUGACCCGUAGUGUACAUCACGAGAUUCAUGAACUGAUCACUCAUAUGGACGUGUUCUAGGGAAACGCAAACACUUUAUUUCACUUUUCUCCCAUUUUCCAUGCAAUUUGGUCACCUGACAAUUCCCAGCCACCCGUCUGUCUGCCGUCACACCACAGCUACCGUACCAACGGAGGACGGUGUUGUCUGCCCUCUUCCGCGCACACACACACAGAGAGAGAGAGAGAGAGAGAGAGAGAGAGAGACCUUCCAUGGCUGUGGCAUCAUCCGGAUUUGUUCUCGUGAUCUCCUCACACUAUGAAAACACUUUUUUUUUUUUCCCAACUGAUUUUCUUCCAGAGGUUUCUUUGUACCUAUAGUUAUUUAUUUAUUUACGAAUUCUCUCUCGUGACUCGCAUUGACUUUCCCAGCACACAGUGGUAGAAACACUUUUAUUCCCUUGUUUUAAGAAGGCAAUCGGUUUUUUUUUUCUUCUUUACAUACUUAUUGGCAAAAACAAAUGAUUCAGAAAAUAAAAGUUCUAACACAAAGGACAAUCACUUCUUCUUUUUUUCUUUUUUUUUUUUCUUCGUGUUUCUUGAAUGCAUGAAAGUACCUCUUUGGUUGUGGGAGGGUACCUUUGACUUGUGGUACUCUUGAGACUUGAGACUACUGGCACGCAGACCUCUCCCCGUGGGGGUUAAACACGAA